UUUCAUUCCCACCUUCUUCCUUGCCCCCAGCGUCCAGCGACGGCGGCGGCGACGACGACUCAUCGCAGCGGGGGAGGACGGAUGGCCGCGUCGUGCGGCACUCCGAGUCCGGCUAAGCGGCCCCGUCACUCUGACGUCGCCUCCUCCGGCGGCGACUCUGAUUCUGACUCUGACGGGGACCUCGUCAGUGACCUCAGGGAGAUCGUGUGCCUGCUGCGGCUUAUCAAGGGUGGGGCCAACAAGGACGGGCAGAAGAUCUGUGAGCAGGUCAUUGCCAGUGUGGCAGCAGAUAUUCAGACUAUGCUAGAAGAAACCCAACUGAAAUUUGAGGAGGAAAGACAGAAUUCGUUAAAAGUACUGUCUAACACUUCCAAAGAGUGUGAGAGUUCACUGAACGAAGAGUACAGCAAGUUUCAGGAAACAUAUGAUACGUUCUGUAAAGAAAAGGAUGCUCACAUGCAGACUUUCAGAGACCUGUUGUCAAAAGUUGAAGUUGAAAAGAAGAAAUUGCUUGAGAAGUACGAACAUCAUAUGGAGGAGGAGACCAACACAUUAUCGGAACUUGACGAAACAAUCUCAGAGAAGGUAACACAUGCGGAACAUUCUGUCAGAAGGGUGAACCAGGAUGGCAAGUCAUUUAUCGUCUUUCGCAAGUCUACUGGCUUGUUUCUUGAUUGUGGAUCUGAUGAUGAUUUUGACCUUGAUGAGUGGCGCUGCUAAUAAUAAUUCAUAUAACAGAUAAAUGGAAGCCCUUAGUUCUUUCUUGGCCUUUCCUCUUUUUUUUCCCCUUACCUGGCGGACUUUAGUAGCAUACAAUUUUAUUGUUACUAUAGUCUAGUAGCGCAUUGUAUUAGCCUUCUUCCAGAUUAGUUUGUUCGCAAUCCUGAAUUUGGUAUCGAGCUGGCUGGAUACGUACAGAUGUAUUCUGUUAUUUUUCCACUUUGAAAGCAGAUAUUCAAAAGGAUCAUCGAUCUGCAAUUAUUAUAGUUUGCUCAAGAAACUAUUAUUAUUCAAUGACAUCAUUGUAAGAAACAAAA